GCACUCGAAAAAUCCUCUUCGAGGACAAGGAGAUCGGAAAGGAAAGCAUAAGCGACACGGUCCAAAACCAAAACCGAAAAGGAAGAGCGAGCCAAUGUGAAGCCCACAAUAAAGUAGAAGUAAGACAAAAACGAGCUGAGCAGCCCCCACAUUCCCUUCCCUCACAUCUACUCUACUCUCUCUACGCCUCACUCCUCCCAAUUUCCCCUCUUCCAUCCCAAUUUCCAUAGCAACUGUUCUUUGUUUCUAUCUUGCAUUAAGGCCCUGGAUUGUGCAGAAACAACAAAACAAUUUUCUAUGAAAGGCAAGUGGUUGUGAACUGUCUCUUUGUGUGGAGAUACUGUUGCUUCUUUUCAAUGGUUUAGCAACUUGCAAUGGGGAGAUUGGCUUUUUGGAAGUCUAAGGUUAUGCAUUGAAGAAAUAAGAUACUGCUUUGAUUGAAGUGAUCUUAUUUAAUUCUAUUUGAUUCAUGAUGGGUAAGGAAAACUUGCCUCAACCAGUUAAUGGAGGUGUCAGCAAUGAUAGUUGCUCAAAUGCUGACAUUGAUGAUUCUGGAACUUAUUCGCGGUAUAGUCUAGACAAAGAGGCAGGUUUGCCUACUUGUCGUGUGUGCCAGUGUUCAGAAUCUGACAAAAGGGGGGAUGCUGCUUUAGGAUUUUUGGGCAUCACUCCUCCCUUAGCGGAAGCAGUUAAAAGCAAAGGAGAAGCUAAGCCUGAUACCGAAGGAGUUCAACAAGAUGUUGAAAGUGAUGAGUCUCAUUCUAAGAGUCUUCGGAGAGAAUCUGGGUUUGUUGAGUUCAUAAGCCCUGAAGGAGAGGUUUUCAUCUGUAGUACUGAUUUAGAAAUGGGCUCCUGUCGACAUCAGGAUGCAUUAAUUGAACUUGGUUGUUCUUGCAAAAGUGAUCUUGCUCUAGUGCAUUAUGCUUGUGCUCUCAAAUGGUUUGUUAGUCAUGGAUCUACUGUUUGUGAGAUCUGUGGAAAUCCCGCAAAAACUAUCAGGACUUCCGAUUUUAAGAAAGUUGUAGUUUCUUUGAAAGACUAUGAAGCAUUGAGAGAAAGGACUGCCAGUGGUGAUCCUAAUCCUGCCCAAAUUCAUUCAAGUUCAGGUGUAGACCCUGAUGCUGUUGCUGCUAUUCGGAGGCAACGACUAAGUGAGAUUUCAUUGUGGUUCAGUCCACAUGGUAAUAACAACAACAAUCAUAGUUCUUCUGCAGUUUCACAGGUUGUUUCUGAACAACCCACAAAUACUGUCACUGAAGAAGUUACUCCCAGUGAAAGUCCUGCAACCAAAUGGGCUGUGGAAGGUACUGGAAUUCUGCUUGCUACAGGUCUACUUACUGUUACGCUUGCAUGGCUCAUUGCUCCUCGUGUUGGAAAGAAAACGGCUAAGAGUGGUCUUCACAUUCUUUUGGGAGGCAUUUGUGCUUUAACAGUUGUUGUCUUCUUUCGCUUUAUUGUGCUGACAAGGAUUAAGUAUGGACCAGCUCGCUAUUGGGCGAUAUUGUUCGUCUUCUGGUUUCUUGUGUUUGGUAUAUGGGCGUCAAGAACGCACGGUGCUCAUACAACAUGAUUUGUUGAUAUAUGAUACAUGAUGAUGCAUAUAAGUUCACUGUAUUCUUUCUUUACUGCUGGUCCUACAUAAUAGUGGAAGUGGGAAAAUAUAUGGGAUUUUAUUCAAGACAUCAUAAAUGGCUGCCAUGUGGCUGCCAUUUGAGCAAUGAGCUGUGGAUAAGGUAAAAUUUAUGUGUACAAUUAUGUUUAGCCUAAUUGACCCUUGAAGGGAAUGUGAAUUUUUUUUUUGUUUCUUGUGGGUCAGUUUUGACAUUUUUCACUGACGAUUGUGCCAUUUAAGCUUUACACAAGUGAAUUGAGAAGUGAAAAGUUGAUGUUGCUUCCUAGUGGUUGGGUGAAAGAACAAGGGAAAUGGAAAGUUGGAUUAAGUUUGAUUGCCAUUAGCUAA